AUGCUGACUUUAUUUAUACUACUGGCAGUAACAGUGAGUAGUCAGUGCCAUGCUGAUUUUAUUCAUAAACGUAUACUUUGUGUGCUGAAUGCCCCUUUCAAAAGGCGCUAUUGUCGCCGUCUGGUCGAUAAUCAGGCAAGAUUACGGCGAAGGCACCGGCCGUUCACGAGAAUGCCUAAACGAACUGUGACGAACAAGAUUUUCCUCACCGGCGGCUGGUGGUACGACCUGAAAUGGCGCCAGAGGAUCGCAAUCACGCUCUUCUUCGCAUUGCUACUAACCGGAAUCUCGCUGUUCUGUAUCGCCUUCUUUCAUGACCACUACUACACAGUCAACCUGCAGCUGCACAGCACCUUUGACUCGAAUGUCCGGAGGAUUCAGAGAGUGGAUUUCCCGUUUAUGGUAUGUUGUACCACUUCUGGUACCUCCUAUUGCGCCGAAUCCCGUCCGCUCGGGACACGCCUGGCGACAGGGUUUACGCGAGAUCUGUCGUCGUGA